AUGAUCGAGACAUUCUCGAUUCCAGCGCCGGACCAUGAAAACGCGUGGACCGGACAUGAGUUCCAUAUCUGCUUUGACCGUUGCGAGCUACGUCUUAAGUUGACCACCUCGGCGCUUCCUCCAACCAGUGGGUGCGUUUGGCGCCACCAGUUUACGGACGAACACAUCACCAGUCCGCCGCAGCACGUGGCCAAACCACCGGAGUCUCCUGUUAAGCAGAGUUUCUUCCAGGCCCAGAAUGUUGCAUCUGGCGCGGAUGAACGAGUUGGGGAUGCGAUAUCUAUCUAUCUAUCUAUCUAUCUAUCUAUCUAUCUAUCUAUCUAUCUAUCUAUAUCUAUAUAUAUAUCUAUAUAUCUAUAUAUAUAUCUGUGUCAGACACGGCUUGAGGUAAUGUGGACAGAACCGAAUUUUCUCUCCUUGUUUCCUAUUUCUUCCACUCUCUCUCUUACCCCCUCUUUACGAUUCUCUAUUUCUCCUUUUUUCUCUCUCAAUCUUCUCUCACUCUUCCCAUCCCUGUCUUCUUGCUCUUUCGAUUUCACUGAUUCUUUUCUUUGUUUCCAAUAA